AUGUUUGAAUUUUUGUCGGUUCUCGUUUUCAAAAUAUUUUCUUUUUAAAGUUUUAUUAAACAAAAUCAACUAAGAAUAUUGAAGUAAUUGAGCUCUGUCCAUAGAAACGAUUAGCGCAUCUAAGUGAGAAUCAUUACAGAACACGUGUAACCGGUUACUUGUUUAUUGUCAUUGUUUUAAAGUUGCAGAUUGCAGAAUCGUUUAACAAACUUUGCAAAUUAACUCACCCUUAAGCUCUGGUGUUACACAUUAUUCAGGUCGUGAACCAUGGAUGUAGCUGACACAUAUGCCACACAGAGUCAAGUAAAAGAUGAAGUGGGAAUUCGAUGCCAAAAGCUUUUUCAAGACUUCUUAGAAGAAUUUAAGGAAGAUAACGAAAUCAAAUAUGAGAAACAUGCUAAGGAACUAUUGAAACCAGAGCUCAGUACCCUUGAAGUUAGUUUUGAUGAUGUUGAAAAGUACAACCAGAAUCUUGCUACUACAAUAAUUGAAGAGUAUUAUAGGAUAUAUCCAUUUUUAAACAGAGCCAUUUUGAAUUACAUACUCAGUCUUGCGGAAACUGGAAUGAAAAAAGAUCUACAAGAUAAAGAAUGCUAUGUUUCAUUUGUUGAUGUACCAACAAGACACAAAGUAAGGGAGUUAACCACAGCAAAGAUUGGUACUCUCAUAAGGAUAUCUGGGCAGAUUGUAAGGACACAUCCAGUUCACCCUGAGUUAGUUCAGGGCACAUUUGUGUGCCUAGAUUGUCAAACAGUUAUUAAAAAUGUAGAGCAACAGUUUAAGUACACAAUUCCAACAAUCUGCCGUAAUCCUGUAUGUGCUAAUAGAAGGCGUUUUAUGCUGGAUGCAGAUAAGAGCGUUUUUGUUGACUUCCAAAAGAUACGAAUCCAGGAAACCCAAGCUGAAUUGCCCCGUGGUUGCAUACCCAGAUCUCUUGAAGUGAUAUUGAGGGCUGAAGCUGUUGAAUCUGUGCAGGAACACUGAUUGUAGUGCCUGAUGUGGGAGCCUUGUCAAUGCCAGGCUCCAGGGCUGAGAUUACAACCAGGACU